AUGCCGCCCUUGUCAGACACGAACCUGCCCACAACUGAGGAACACCAGGAACACUUCAUUGGUAUCGACGUCGGCACGGGCUCUGCCCGGGCUUGUAUCAUCGACUACUCAGGAGAGAUCAAGGGCCUGGCCGCUCAGGAGAUCAAGCUGUGGCAGCCUGUGAGCGGGUAUGAGGCAUCGCACUAUGAGCAAUCCACCACAGACAUCUGGAACGCAAUCUGCUAUUGCGUGAAGAAAGUCGUUGCAGACUCUUCCGUCAAGCCAGACACCAUCAAGGGCAUCGGGUUCGAUGCGACUUGCUCACUGGCGGUUUUCACACACGACACAGAUGAGCCAGUCCCUGUUACUGGUCCCGACUUCACCAACGAUGGCAACGACCGCAACGUCAUCCUCUGGCUCGACCACCGCCCGAUUGAGGAGACGGAGAAGAUCAACGCGACCGGCCACAACCUCCUACGCUACGUCGGCGGCACCAUGAGCGUGGAGAUGGAGAUCCCAAAAGUGCUCUGGCUCAAGAACCACAUGCCCGCCGAACUGUUUGACCGCUGCAAAUUCUACGACCUUGCGGACGCCUUGACACACCUGGCCACAGGGAACGACACCAGGAGCUACUGCAGUACUGUCUGCAAGCAGGGCUUCGUGCCCGUGGGAGUCGACGGAAGUGUCAAGGGCUGGCAAGAGGACUUCUACCACUCUAUCGGCCUGGGCGACUUGGUGAAAGACAACUUUAAGCGCAUGGGAGGCGUGGACGGGGUGAACGGCACGUACGCAAGCGCAGGAGAGCUUGUUGGGCCGCUAUCAGAGAAGGCUGCGAAGCAGCUUGGCCUCCCCGCCGGCAUUGCCGUGGGCAGUGGCGUAAUUGAUGCGUACGCCGGAUGGAUCGGAACCGUGGGCGCUAAGGUCAAGCUCGGCCCGGAUCAUCUUGACGAGAGUCAAGCCAAGAACGACCUGAGCCAGGCCUUCACGCGGCUGGCUGCUGUGGCGGGAACCUCGACCUGCCACCUCGCCAUGUCCAAGGACGCAGUCUUCGUCCCUGGUGUCUGGGGCCCGUAUCGAGACGUGCUGAUCCCAGGCCACUGGAUGGCGGAGGGCGGGCAGUCGGCGACAGGCGAGUUGUUGAAGUACAUGCUUGAGACGCACCCGGCGUACACCGAGACACUUGCCAGUGCCAGAGCACUGGGAAAGAACAUAUACGAGUUCCUCAAUGACAGCCUUCACGAGCUGAACGCGAGGAUGGAUGCCCCAUUCAUGGGCUACCUCUCCCGCCACUACUUCUUCUACGGCGACCUCUGGGGAAACCGCUCGCCUAUUGCUGACCCCAACAUGAAAGGUGCGGUGAUCGGCAUGAGCAGCGACAAGACGCAGGACGGGCUGGCAAUGCUGUACUACUCGGUGAUGGAGUUCAUCGCGCUGCAGACGCGGCAGAUCAUUGAGAAGAUGAACGAGUCCGGGCACACGAUCCUCAGCAUCUUCAUGUCGGGGAGCCAGUGCCAGAACGACAUCCUGAUGGACCUUAUCGCCACGGCCUGUGACAUGCCCGUGCUGGUGCCCAAGUACGUCAACGCGGCGGUCGUGCACGGGGCGGCAAUGCUGGGGGCCAAGGCUGCCAGCGCCGACAAGGAUGGUAAGACGGAGCCGCUGUGGGACAUCAUGGACCGCAUGAGCAAGCCGGGCAAGACGGUUCGGGCGGACGCGGACCCGGCCAAGAAGAAGCUCCUGGAGGCCAAGUACAAGGUGUUCCUGGAGCAGUGCCGAACUCAACGGGAGUACAGACAGCAGGUUGACGCAGCUCUCGAGGGCAUCGUGAACGGCGGCGCCAACGGGAACAAGAAGUAG